UGGGUAGGAAUCUGAAAAAGUGAAGAUAAUCAUUUUUGGGUUGAGUGUUAAUUAGAUUUUGUUAUUCUAAUUUUCUCCUGUUAAAUUAAUUUUAAUUGUUUUUCUCUUCCUUUUUCACUUCUCCUUUUGGUCAAAUACCUUAGUAUAUUCAUCUGAAGAUGGCUCUCAGCAAUGCCGACGUUCAAAAACAGAUUCAACACAUGAUGGCUUUUAUUGAGCAAGAAGCUCAAGAAAAAGCCGAGGAAAUUGAAACUAAAGCAGAGGAAGAAUUUGAAAUUGAAAAGGGUAGACUUGUUAAUGAACAAAGAAUCAAAAUUAUGGAAUAUUUUGAGAAGAAGGAGAAACAAGUUGAACUCCAGAGGAGAAUUCAAAAUUCACAUAUGUUAAACGCUGCUCGACUCAAGGUCCUCAAAGCUCGAGAAGAGCAUAUCAAAAGUGUCACGGAAGAAGCCAGACAAAAGCUCGUAGAAGUUACUAAAGAUCCUGAAAUGUAUUCCAAGGUUGUUCAGAAAUUAAUUGCUCAGUGUUUAUUCCAAUUGCUGGAAGAUAGCGUUGUAAUUAAAUGUCGCCAACAAGAUAAAGGCCUAGUCGAGAGUGUUUUGGGUGCUGCCGUUGACGAGUACAAGCAAGCAACAAAAAAAGGCGUCAAAGUAACUCUGGAUAAUGAGAGAUUCCUCUCCACUGAUUCAUGUGGUGGUGUUGAAGUAACAGCUCGCGGUGGUAAAAUUAGAUGUACCAACACUCUUGAAAGUCGAUUGGAGGCUAUUACCAAUCACACUUUACCAAUGAUUCGAGUAGCCCUAUUUGGUCGUAAUCCUAACCGUAAAUUUGAUGAUUAAGUCAAUUAUUAUAAUUGUUAACCAUCAUCAUCGUCACAUUUUUUCCUUCUGUGUGGUAUCAAGUCGUAUUGUUAUAUUUUUUGUCUCAAAUCUUUUUUUGGUUGCUGUUUCAACACCAAGAAAUGGACUGAUUUCACGUCCUGUGAUACGAUUAGGUCAUUUAAACAAAUAUUAUUAUCGAAGAAAACAAAGAAUGUUUUAUUAGUCCAAGCAUUCCAGAUGAACGUGCAUAAAUUACACACAAAUCAUAACGCAACAGCAAAUUCUAUGUUUACCUUUUUCCUUCUAAUCAAGUGUUUCUCCUAUUUUCUUCUCUUCCAUUAUCCUUUUCUUUGUUUUUGGAAAAUCAGUUGAAAAACGACAGACAAAAAAGUUCAGAACAUUGUUCACACAACAAUCAUGAAACUCGAUGAUAGGAUCAGAUUGUGGUGUAAUUAAUGGUUAUAAAAGAUAAUCCAGAUGAUUAAAUAUGCCAAAAAUUAA